AUGAGAGUUCAUGAGAAGCCUUACAUAUGUUAUCGGUGUGGAGAGGGUUUCAGUGAAAAAGGACACCUUAAAGUCCACAUGAAAAUUCACACUGGAGAGAAGCCUUACACAUGCUAUCAGUGUGGAAAGAAUUUCAGUCAAUCUGGAAACCUUAAACUCCACAUGAAUAUUCACACCGGAGAGAAAUCUUUCACCUGCGAACAGUGUGGAAGAAGUUUUAACAAAAAGGGAAGCCUUAAUUACCACAUUAAAGUUCACACUGGAAAGAAGCCCUUCAUCUGCCAUCUGUGUAGAAAAUUUUUCAAGCGAGAACGAAACCUUAAAGUUCACAUGAAAACUCACACUGAAGAGAAGCUUUACACAUGCCUUCAGUGUGGAAAGAGUUUCAAUCAAAAACGAUACCUUGAAGCCCACAUGAGAAGAAUUCACACUGGAGAGAAGUGA